GACCAAACAAUUUGUUGCAAAUCGAGGAAACGGAAGAAAUGACCGGAAGUUUACAAACAUUAACUGAGCUAAGGUUUAGCUAACGUUUUUAUAUCUGAUCACCUCUAAAAUUCUUAUAACAAACACAGAGGAACGAUGGUUUGUGAAAAGUGCGAGAAGAAGCUCGGCAAAGUGAUCACACCUGACACCUGGAAGGAUGGAGCUCGGAAUACAACAGAGGGUGGUGGGCGUAAGCUAAAUGAAAACAAGUUCCUGACUUCAAAGAAAGCCAGGUUUGACCCAUACAGCAAGACAGGCUUUGCUACCUGCAGGAUCUGCAAGAGCUCAGUUCAUCAGUCUGGAUCACAUUACUGUCAGGGAUGCGCUUAUAAGAAAGGAAUCUGUGCAAUGUGCGGAAAGAAGGUUUUGGACACCAAGAACUACAAGCAGACAUCUGUGUGACAGUGUGCAGAUCAGAGAGUAAAUAACAGAUGUGAGGAUGAGACUGUAUAUUUGUCACAUUGUUUUGUAUUAUUUCCACAAUGUCCCUCUCACCACACAACUAUAACUCCUUUGUGUUAUUUUCCCACCUUUGUGAAAGAGAGAGAUUUGAAGCUAAGUUUGCCCUCCUAACAGAAAAUAUCCUAUAAUGCUGCUUGAACUAUUACAGCGGCCGUACACAGGGAAGCACUGUUGUAUUCAAAUACACCACCGGUCAUUACCUGUUUCUCAAGUCAAGAUUUUUUGUAUAUUUUAAAUUCAAUGCUGAGGAUUUGAUUCUUUGCUUUUUAAGAAGUUGAUUUUUGUAUGUAAUAUAUCAAGUGUUGCAUUCUUGAGUUAAUUAAAUCAUUCAAUAUGAA